AUGGAGAGUACUUGGAGGGUCUUGCUGCUGCUGGGCCUGGCCACAGCAGUCAUAGCUGUACCUAGAAGAGGGCUGACCUUCAGGAGUGCUUCAGUCUUGGCUGCAAGGAGGUUUAAUCAGAACUUGAAUGAAGGAGCAAAGUAUCGAGUUCUGGAGUCCAGUCUUUCCACCCCAGACUCACCUCUCACACUGCCAUUGACAUUCAGAAUAAAGGAAACAGAGUGUCCUUCAUCAGAGCAGCAGGACCCAGAAACCUGUGCCUUCAAAGAGAAUGGACUGGAGAAGCAAUGUACAGCGAAGUUCACCAGGCUGACUCGUACGGGGCUUGGUUCUGUCGAAUGUGAGGAUGUUGGCAAUGGCAGUGACAAUGCUCCGACGGUUCGUUCUAAAAGAUCUUCAUCCCUUGAAGAAAUUGACAUCGACUCCCUUCCACCCAAAGUUAAAGAGAUAUAUUACCGGGGCAUAGAUGACGCAAUAGGUGGAAUCUUGAGGAACUUCUAA